AUUCCUGUGACCCGGUAGGGGAUGAUAGAGGAGGGUCGUUAAGGUCAGUGGAAACAGUCUCUGGUGGAAACAUGGCGUGGAGGGGCUGUUUUCUUAGGUGGACUAAAGGAGACAUGUUGAUCUCCACUACAAGAGGAAACCGGUCUCCGUUCUACUGCGAGCAGACACGCGGCUUCCGGAAAGCUCCUAAAAAGACAGAGGUCAAGAAGGAGGAUGUCGAGGAUGCUAGGCUAAAGCAAUCCGAGCUCAUUGAGGGGGGAACCCCUAAGAAGGGGGUGGAGCCUCCCGUUUUACCCAGUCCACCCAGGUCCUUCGGAAGGCUGGUGAAGCCCCUGGUGUUCACAUUGGGGUUUACAGGCUGCUCUUUUGGCACGGCGGCGAUCUGGCAGUACGAGUCUGUGAAGUCGCGCGUGCAGAGCUACGUGGACGAGGCCCGCGCCGAGUGGCUGGAGAAACUGCACCCACAGAAACAAGAUGGCGCCCAAAAUCAGAACGAGGACGACACCGCGCACUGGCACCGCUGGUGGAGCCGGCUGUCAGACUUCCAAAAGCAGGCGAUCGUCGUUCUGUUUCAGGUGAACCAGUGGUGGGAAAAUCUGACUCAGGGCCAACGGACAGUCUCAGGGAUCAUUGUGGUGAAUGUCCUGGUGUUCUGCUGCUGGAGAAUUCCCCCCCUGCAGCGAACUAUGGUCAAGUACUUCACUUCAGACCCGGCCUCUAGUGAAGGCACUGUGCCUUCCCAUGAUCCUCUCCACCUUCAGCCACUACUCCUUCCUCCACAUGGCGGCCAACAUGUAUGUGCUGUGGAGCUUCUCCUCCAGCAUCGUGUCUCUGCUCGGCCCGGAGCAGUUCAUGGCGGCCUACCUGUCUGCAGGUGUGGUUUCCACGCUCGUCAGCUACGCGGCGAAGACGGGCUCCGGACGCUUCGGCCCUUCCCUCGGGGCGUCCGGUGCAAUAAUGGCAGUUCUGGCCGCUGUCUGUACGAAGAUGCCCGAAGCCAAGCUGGGCAUCAUCUUCCUGCCCAUGUUCACCUUCAGUGCAGGCAACGCUUUAAAAGCUAUUGUUGCUAUGGAUACAGCUGGCGUGGUUUUGGGAUGGAGGAUUUUUGACCACGCUGCUCAUCUGGGAGGAGCCCUCUUUGGAGUGUGGUACAUUGCGUACGGUCAUAAGCUGAUCUGGAAGAACCGCGAACCUCUGGUGAAGAUGUGGCACGACCUGCGGACCAAUGGCCCAGGCGGGGGCGGGGCUGGGGCUGUAUAGGUCCCUGGGGGCGGAGCCAGGGGGCUGAAGCUUGUGCGGACCUGUGGGUCCUCGGGCGGACAAUUUCCUGCAUGGAGAUUGGACAGGACACUGACGAGGGGCCGGAGUCCAUGCCCACGAUACAAGAAGUCUGUUGCCGCCAACGGCAAGAAGAUAUGCAAUGCUGGAAUUUGGGAUUUUAAAUGACCCCCCCCCCCCAUGUAUACACAUCAGCCCAAUAUGGGGGCGAUUGAAACCCCUUUGACUGAGACGCCCCCCCCCCCCCUCAGAGGACUGGAUGGAGGGGUGGGUGCAUUUCUAUGGUUUUUAAUGUAACAGAACUGCCGCUGGUGUCAUUUUGUCUGUAAAGUGAUGGGGUUCUCCCCGCUAUGUAUCUGAAUGAGAAGGAGUUCCGGUUUGGGACAUAAGGCCAGGCGGGAUGGGACGGGGGGGGGGGGGGGGGGGUAAUGA